GCCAUCUGAUACAGCCUGAUCACUUUCACUUCAUAGUUCGUGUAUAUUCUGUCUUGUAUUCGUUGUUGGUCUUUAUAGCGAGAGUUCGCUUACAUUCCCCGCAUGAGACUCUUGCAAAUUGACGCUGGCGGCAACCUCAGCCUGAUCGAACGCGAUGGAAAACAGGUCCCUCGCUACGCUAUUCUAUCGCACACUUGGGGUGCAGAUGGGGAAGAGGUCACGCUUAAAGAUCUGGCAGACGGUACGGGCCAAACAAAAGCCGGCUACCAGAAAAUCCGCUUCUGUGGCAAACAAGCUGCUGAGGAUGGACUGCACUACUUCUGGGUAGACACAUGCUGUAUUGACAAGUCUAGCAGCGCAGAACUUUCUGAAGCAAUUAACUCAAUGUUCCGCUGGUACUACAACGCAGACAAAUGCUAUGUAUAUCUCUCCGACGUUCCAGCAACCACUGCAUUCGACAGCAACGACCAAUCCUUCCAAAAGAGUAGAUGGUUCACUCGAGGAUGGACAUUGCAGGAGCUCAUCGCUCCAAAAUCUGUUGAGUUCUUCUCCAGUGAAGGACAACCGCUUGGUGACAAAAAUUCGCUUGUCCAAGAAAUUAGCACAAUCACACGCGUUCCCGUUACAGCUCUGCAAGGCAAGACUCUAUCACAGUUCAGCGUUGACGAGCGAAUGUCAUGGGCGGGAAACCGAGAGACAAAACGUGAGGAGGAUGCAGCUUACUGCCUGCUUGGUCUUUUUGACAUCCACAUGCCGCUUCUUUACGGUGAAGGGCAACGAAGAGCGUUAAAACGACUCCGGGACGAGGUUGAAGAUAGCAAAGGAUUGGACCGUAUCUUGAAAUGGCUGGCGCCUCCAGAAUUUGCAACGGUGUAUCACGAAUCCCUCAGCGAGCGCGAAGAUGACACAGGGCAGUGGAUAUUCGAUCAUCCGUUGUUUUGCGAAUGGCUCAAUGAGACGGAAUCAACAAUGGCUUUGGGACGACUUCGUUGGAUCCAUGGGCACCCUGGUGGAGGCAAAACUAUAUUGGCUGCUUCGGUGAUUCACCGUUUAUCGUCUCAACGGCAUGCUGCUUCUUCUGAACCCAACGUCUUUUACUUCUUCUUCCGCGACGAUACUUCGUUGCUCAGCAGACCUAUCUCAGCUUAUCGUUCGAUACUUUCUCAAUUCCUUCACCGGAACAGCGACAAACAGCCAAUAGUUGACAAAUUCUCCUCUGUCCUCGAUAAUGGACAGAAGCAGGUCGGUCAGUUAGUCUCGUCAGAACCCGAACUUAUUGAUCUUCUGCGGAUCUGCUUGAGCAGUCUUGAUCGCACGUACAUCAUCCUGGACGGCGUCGACGAGUGCAACAACACCAAAUCGUUGAUUAAAGUCAUUGAAUCACUUGGGAAGCUGUCAGCCGUGAGAAUUUUGAUUUUCAGCCGCCCCAAUGUUCACGGCCUGACACGGCUCAUCCCAGAGCAAGACCGCCUCGCUUUCGGUCAACAUGAGGUCAAUGAUGAUAUACGGCUUUACUUAAGUCGUAGCCUUGAGAGCAUGGCUCGCGAGCAUCGCCUGCAUCCUAAUGCCGAUUUGAACCAAUACGUCCAACACCUUGUCGUAGGAGCGGACAAGAUGUUCUUAUGGGCAAAGCUCAUGAUCUCAUACCUUCAGUCUCCGGCUUUAACAUGUUCAAUGAUAGAAAAACUGAUAUGGAAUAUUACAUUGCCAGAGGGACUUGAGAUCAUGUAUGAUCGAAUCUUUGACAUUAUCGGCCAAUCCCCGACGCACCAGCGGGAAUUAGCGACACGAAUUCUCUCUUGGGUUAUCUACAGCCGUCGAGAACUAUCAAUCAUCGAUCUACAAACGGUCGUUGCUUCUACACUAAACGAUGCAGAUGCCGUAUGCGAAGUAUGGCCCAACUUUGUCGAAGUAGUGCCUAUGGUCACUUGCGGACUCGUUACCUGUCAGAAAACUUAUGGGUCCUCGAACUUCAAUUUGAUACAUCUAUCUGCUUCUGAGUACAUCACGGAAUGGAAACCAUCCAGCUUACAACCCUCAUCUGUUGAUCUCCUGCGCCCUUCAAAAGUUACAGCGAAUUUGGUACUAGCCACAUCGUCUCUUCAGCUACUUCUGCGAGCUGGUCGUCGAGAACAACCCUCAAAUGGAUUGAACAGUGGAUUGCAUCAUCAGCCAAUGGUCGCAUACGCCGCUCGGCAUUGGAUAAGUCAUUUAGACUCAUCCAUCAUAACAAACCCCGACACCAUAUGGGACCACGGCAGACUCUGUAAAAGUUUCAAGGAGCUGCAGAAGUCUCUGUCCAGUUUCCUGACGAGUUCCAAAGUGGUAGCAACUUUUGUUGACGUGUUCUACCAAGCUGAAUAUCUUGGACAUGAACUUCGUGUUCAAUCUCCUCUGAAUCGGAAGCUUCGAACUGUUCUGGAAUGGACAGAAUGGGUCCAAACAUCGACAUUUCUUGACUCUUCAUCCCAAGAGCUUCAAUCGACUCUGACCAUGAUACGAGCAUUCUGUAACGAGAUGAUGACUUUUGUUGAUCAAUGGGAAUCCAAACUUGUUAACAAUCCAAGUCCAGUCUGGAGCGAUGCACUUAUAUUUCGUUCAACUCGAUUCCUGCCCCAAAGCGAUCUCACCAGCACAACAUCUUUUGCUCCGAGGAAGGUGAAGAUAGCAGGCGUAAGCUCUCGACCCUUAUGCCAUAUCUCUGUUACUUCCAAGGACACAGACGUGUUAGGGGUGUUAAGUAUCUGGCCCUCCGAACGCUAUGAGAAGUUCUGGCGCAACCUCGACCCCUACGCAGCAUACUCUCAAGUCGAAACCUUCUGCAAUGAUUGGACAGCUCAUUAUGAGCUGUGGUCUACUGAUGGUUCCAAGCAGCUCAUUUUCAAGGUCACUAUACCCUUGGAGGCCUUCGAAGUCGCUUUACAGAUGAGGCAAGGGUUUCGCCACGAACACGACGUGUCCUGGAAGACAUCUUUUCCCACUACGAUUAGCCCAGAUGGGCUGACUCUUUCAGUCCUGAGGACUCUGUACCAGUUCUCAAGAUCUUCGCUUGGAUCGGAGCCGGCAUGGAAAAAGACGGUUCUUCCUUUGCACUCAAUAGAUUGCAUGAGACAAAAGUGGGGCAACGACCUUGAGGUCUUCGAUCCAAACAACUCGUUCGUUAAGAAUCUGCCAACAUCGUUGCGACUACUGUCUCGUGAUUGGUAUACAUAUACCAUAACAUUCAGUCCAGAUUGCCGGUACCUCCUGUUCUCGGAUCACCAAGUGCCUUUCAAACGUAACCUUAUACUGUUCGGAAAUCUCAAUAAUGGCAGGUCUCAACCAGAUAUACUUUCUUUGACAGUUCUGAAUACCGCAAAGGCUGAACUUCGGCUCACGAUCUUUCAUCCUACAUCACCACUCAUCGCAUUUGUCUGUAGCCAAUCCGCAUGGAUCUGGAAUUUUGGAGUAGAAGCUAGCUCAUCUCUCUCCAGAAUCCAUUUUCGACCCGAGGCUCCGGAAACACUCAAUGCGUCACUGUCCCAAGUCUCCGGACACAUGGCCGCGGAAAUACCACUUGAUUCCAAAAUCAUCGCCAUGAGCUUCUCAUUGUGUGGUAAAUAUAUCUCGAUCACCUUAGAGCAUGGGUCGGUAGUGGUUCCGCUCAAUGCGGAGGACCUUGCUACCAAUUCUGAGAAAGCCGGAUCCUCCCAGGACACGCAGAUGGAACACUUGAGUAACAUUGACCAAGGAUCAAGGCCAGCGCCUAUAACAAUUAAAGCAAUAUUACAUCCAACAGCCUCUCAGGAGGUCGUGAGACUAUAGUGAUGUGCAAAACACCUUCGUAUAACGUAACUUGCGUAGUAGCUAAUUAGGCAGUUCUCUAGAUUUAAGCUAUUAUACAAAUUUAUUAG